AAACAUUUCCCUUUUUUAAAAAAAAAAAAGAAUGUAGACGAUCCGAUGUCAAGCAUUAAGCAUUUACGGCUACCGUAACCAACUUUUUGUGUAGGCUAAGCAAGGUGAGUCAUUAACAUUUCUGAUAAGAAACGUAUUGAAAAAGCUAAUGAUAAUUCGCAUCACACUCAGUUUAAAUUUUAAUGGGCUAUUGAAUAUUGGUAUCGAGCGCCUAGUCCAAGCCCGCAUAAUAAUACUGUAAAUAUAAUUAUAAAUAUAAUUCAGCGAUGUUAAUUCCGUCAUUCGGUGAGAUUUAAAAAAAGAAACCCAUUUUCACUGGAUGUCUGGUUGUAAAAUGUAAAAAAAACAAAAAACAAACAAACAAACAAUACCAUGCUAUAUACCAUGCUAUAUACUAUAUGACAUAUGCCCUAGUGUCAACUAGUGACACUGUGUAGUACAGACAGUUCUCGAUUUUCAAAUGAUCGACUUACGGCUACGGACGAACAUUCUCACUUUAUUAAUUUAACGGACGAACAUUCUCACUUUAUUAAUUUAACGUAGGGUACAUAGACAAAGACACAGCAGGCCUAUCACAAAGAUUUUUAAUUUUUAGCAAAAAAACUCUUACUUUCUACUGAGACUGAGACUAUUUUAUUUGGACCUCACCAGGGGUCAGUCAAGUUCUAGACCUGGGGAAAAAAAGUGACGAUACCCACCAAAGAUACACCCUCCCAAAAUGAACAUGUAGGCCUAUUUAUUACAAACUAAAUAAAAUAUUUUUAAAAAUUUAAAAAGUAAGUAUCUAUUGGUAGUUACUUUUUAAAUUUUUUUAACUACCGAUAGCUUCAAGUAAGGGCAGGGAGCUAAUUGUAGUAAACUGCCAAUAACUCCUAGAGAACUAUUGGUAGUCCAGCCAAUCAAAUCAAAAUAAAAUCUAAGCUUUAAAAAUCUGCUUCCAAUGAGGCUGGCGAAGUAUUGCCCCGUUAAUUUAUUACUAGUUUGUACUAGUGACUAGUGACAACACCUCGGCACUAAUUAUAAAAUCUACGGCAGUAGUUUUAACACUAUUUGCUGUAGCUUUCCCCAUGCUCAGAUUUGGCUAUAUUAUAGAUUGAGGGAAGGAGAUUAUCGUCUGAAAAUUUUUUACCCAGCUUCUUCUUUGUCAAGGCCAAAGUAAGAUGUGCAGUAAAAAUAAAAUCCAGCUGUAAACAUUUUGUGUGCUAAUUAUUAUGAUUAAAAUUAUAAAUUAAAAUACAGGCCUAAAUAAUGACCAUAAGAAUAAGAAGUUUUACUGCAUACAAACUGGCAUAUUAAAAACAAAAUAUUGUUUCUUUAGUUAAAUGAAACUGUAGGCUAUAAACUAUAAUAACAUGAUCAGGCUUAGCUAUGAUAAAAUAAGCUUAGGCCAAUCAUUUUCAGGAACAUGGUCACAUGAACCAACACCCCCCUGCUUUUUAUUUUCUGUUGUUGAGAGAAAUGUCUACUGAGUGCAGUGGCGUAGCGAGGGUGUUUGGCGCCCGGGGACAAGAUUCGAGCCCGGGGACAAGAUCCAUUUUAGCGCCCCUUUUUCUUUUUUUCAACUCUCAAACCCAUUAUUUUCAUCAAUAAAAUAAUAUUAAAGCACAUUUUCGCGCCCCUAACUAGCUGGCGCCCAGGGACAUCUGUCCCCCCCUGCCCCCACCACGCUACGCCUCUGACUGAGUGUUAUUUACAUAAAUGAGACCUCAUUAACUUAUAAAGGCAUCAAUAUUUUUUAAGUACAAUUAAACAAUUUCAUUGGGUAUAUUGUGCAACUAUAACACAAAUAAAUGAAUUUAAUGUCUAGGAAUCACUAUUUACAAUUUAUUUUUUAAUGCUAUGCAGGGUAUGCAGAUUCAAUGCUUUAAACUGCACAUAACUUUGAUGAAAACAUAAACAGUGAUACAUAAAUAAAAUAAAAUAUAUACAAAGAAAGAAAAAUAAAUAAAUGUAUUAUAAUUAUGUCUUGAAAAUCCAAUUGGAGUGAAUUUAUGAGACUAAACACAAACAAUAAAUUUUGUUGGCACAUGUUUUUUUUUUGUGCCAACAUAUCAUACAUACUUAAGAGUGAUUUCAGUUUUCAGUGUUGUAAUAAAAAAUAAAUUGUGACUACCAAUAAUUAUUGCACUACAUCAAUAUAUAUAUAUAUCACCAAUUGGUAUUUUUUUUUAUAGUAAACUACCAACAGCUUCUUAGCUUCUCUCUAGGAGCUAUUGGUAGUUUACUACAAAUAGCUCCCUAUAAGCUAUGGUAAGCCAAAGCUUAAAAAAAAGACAGGAACACCAUUCUUAGGCAGCAUUCCUGCAGGACUGAUCCCUUGGCUUGACUAGUGACAAUUUUUUAUGUAAAAGUAAAUGCUAACAUAGUAAAGGGUAGCAUUGUUUGUAUACUAUGUCUAUGUAGGCCUAUGCCUAUACUACUAUACUAUGCCGCAUGAAAAGUAAAAGACUAAUAAAAAUAGGUUCUUUGAUUGAAAAUUUCAACAUAGUCACGUUUCCACAAAGUUGCUCACCAUUUAAAUUUAGGCAUUUUAUUUGGCUAUAGUAUAAUCUUUCCUAAUACUAGUACACCAAUAUCAUCUCUCUAUCAUUUAAAGAAGUAGAUUUAUGAGUUUUUAGUGAAUUUUAUGUCACUACAACCUUAGUACCAUGCAUUUUACUGAAAAAAGCAAAUUUCAUACCAUUUAGCCUAGCAAUCUGAAUUACAUAUUUAUUCUUCAAAUUUCAAGACAUUCCAUUAUUAACAUUUUUCUUUAUUCAAAAUGUAUUUUUUGGUUGGAAAUUGAAUUUUCAUACUAUAAUAGUAUUUAUUUUUAUUAGAACUAAAGCAUAAAACAAUGUAUAAAAAUUUCUCCUAUUUUCACAUGUUAACGUUAACUAUUAAACAUUGGAAAGCCGCUGCUACUAUAGUAGCCUACAAGUAGGCUAAAUUAAAGCAGUAUGUAUCAUUCCGCCCCGUAAGAUUUACCUGACGAAAUGAUUUCAAAAGAAAUUUGUGUUAGCUAAAUUUAAUUUAACUUCUAUUUGAAAGUUAACAAAUCAUAAUUUUAGGUUUAGAGGCAAUAAUAGAUCAUUUGGACAUUAAACUUUGCAAAUGCAUGGUCAUGUAAAAAAAAAUAUUAUAAUGGUUUAAAACUUCAGUUUUUUUUUGUUUAAUUUGCUUUUAAAAAAUAUAUUAUCAAGUCCUCUUCUUAAAUAAAUUUUGUUUUAUCGGAUUACAAUAACAAUUUAAUUGAAUUCUGAAAAAAAAUUAAUGGUUAUGAUUAAUGAAUUUUUUUUUUCAGAUUAGGUUUUUAGAAUAUUGUAUUUUAGCUGAUCAGGAUGCCCAAUUGUUCAAGGGCAAUGAGAGGACACCAAACAAUGAGUAUCAGAAUAUAUGGGUAAGUUCAUUCACCGCUUUUAUUAUAUAGCAAGUUUCUUUUGCAUAGUGGUUGUGAAGGGAGAUAUAGUAUAACAUUUAAUCUUAAAUUUAGAACUAUUUGCUCUUAUAAACUUAUAUUUCUCAAUUUUUUUUUAAUAUACCUCAUAUUUAGGCAAUGUUUCAUCCUUUAACACCAACCAGUCAGCUAUGGAAGAUCCGCCUAAAAAGAAAAUACACAAAGGGGAGUCAUCAACGCAUGCAGAUGCAGGCUCUGAGAUGAUUGAUGACUCAAAAGCUUUUGUGGAGCGUUUUUCAAUUCUUUUUAAUAGCUCCUGCUUCAGUGAUAUUCGUUUAAGGGUCGGGGAUCAGAGUUUCUAUGGACAUAAGUUUAUCCUAGCUUCAGCAAGUAAGGUCUUUGAGUAAGUAAAUCAACUGUUUAAGAGUGAUGUAUUCUUGUUCUCAAUUGGUAUGACAUAUUUUGUUAAAGCUAUGGUCGUUAACUUAUUAAAAAUAACGUUUAUAAUUUUGAAAACAUCUCAUAAUUGAUUUAAAACAAUUUCACAUUGUCAUUUAUUUUCUGUAAGCAAAAGUAACAAAAUGUGAAAUAUUUAAUUUUACACCCGUGUUGCACUCAGGAAAACUUAUGUUUGAAAAAAAAUUUUAAAAUGUUGAUAAAGUUUCUUUAAAAAGAUUUAAUUUCAAGUAAAAUGUUACUUUUCAUGCAGUAUUUACAAAUAUUUAAUUUAGUAAUCUGGUUUUUUAUACAAUUUUCAGAGCCAUGUUUGGAGAUUCAUCUGCCUGGGAAGAAAGUCGUCAGCAAGAAAUUAGACUGAUUGAAGAAGAGGCUUGCCAGGCCGUGUUUUACGACUUUCUUAGGUGUGAUAUAUAAACUUAAAAUUUUGUUUAAGGAAAUAUGAAAAUCAUUGUUUCCUAAAUGGCCCAGUGAGCAAAAAUACAAGUUCGCGGAAUUAGUCUUGAAAACCUUGCUGUUUUUGUUUUGGGUUUUAUUGUUUUGUUUAAACCCUAAAAUAACAUUUUGGGAGAUAAGAGGUGGUUUAGUUUAUCAUUAGAAGACAAUUAUGACACAGGAAAAUGGGGAUACUAUGCUACUGAAGCCACACCUCCUUAAACAAAGGUAUUGUGCUUGGGAGAGUAGUUAAGCAAUCGGAAAUUGAUUUGCUAGUAAAACGUUUAUCCAGCCACUUUUGAAAAUGUGGAAGCAAAAGGCUCCACAAAUUAGGCAGAUGUGUAAGGGGAGAAAUUAGGGGCAAAUGUGAUCUUGGAUCUGAGAAUAAAAAUAUAAUUUUUUUUUCCAAACCAGCAGUUUUUAAUAAGCUAUAACAGCUAUCACAAAUGUCAUAAAUAAAUCUUUUACCAGGUUUCUGUUUGAUUACUUUAAAUUUUGUAAAAAUAAAUAUUUUUUUUUAAAAAGAUCGAUGUAUAAACUCUAUUUGAACAUUCAAAUCUGUUUUAAGCGAUAAAAAUUUGAGUGAGUCACAAAAGAGAGUUAAAAAAAAAGUCAAACAAAAAAUGUUUGGGAACACUGAUGUUAAGUAUUCUAAAUUUUCAAUGUAGAUUUAUUAUGAAAUUUCGGUGUUCAUUUAUUUAUUACUUUUGUUUUUAAAAGAUCACUAUUUUAAAUUUUGUAUCUCAAUCAAAUCUCUAAGAUCAUCAAAGCAUUUUAUGUCACAUUAAAAAAAAUAAAACCUAAAAUUUUUAAACUAAACAUUAUGAAAACUGAAAGUUUUACAUAAAGGGGCUGCACCGGAGGAUUCCUCAGCAAAACCUGUGGCGGACAAUUGAACUUUAAGUGCUGCUGAAGACAAAUAUAAAAAAUUGUCUAGUUUCUAAGGAUUGGCCUUUUAAAAGCUUCACUGCCAUAUUCGUUUUAAAACAUUAAAAUUCACUGCAGUUUGAAUGGACAGUAGCCUAGCUCAGUGUUAUUUUUAAGUGGGAGCAUAACCAUAUAUAUAACUCUUUAUCCACUUUAUUUACACACACACACAUACACACACAUAUAUAUAUAUAUAUAUAUAUAUAUAUAUAUAUAUAUAUAUAAUUUUAUUUUUAUUUUUUACCAAAAAAAAUUGUCUUUUAUUUUGUUAAAAGUUAAAAAUUCACAUACACACACAUAUAUAUAUAUAUAUAUAUAUAUAUAUAUAUAUAUAUAUAUAAUUUUAUUUUUAUUUUUUACCAAAAAAAAUUGUCUUUUAUUUUGUUAAAAGUUAAAAAUGUGCUUGGUCCAUUAAAUCUUUUUCUUUAAUUUGUAUAGGUAUUUCUACUCUGCAAGUAUUAACAUGACCACCGACAAAGCCCUGCCCCUACUACUCCUGGCUGAUAAGUACAAUGUCCAAUCACUCCGUAAUGCCUGUGUGGAUUAUAUGAUGAAGCAUAUUGAAGAACUGCCAGACAAAAAUAAGACUCUCACUUGGUAACCAAAUUUCGAUUUCUUGUUCUUUAAUUAGGAACAAAAUUUUGUACUGAAUUAUUUUAUUAAAUUCUGGUUCUCUAAUUCCAUGCCUUUUCAAAAAAAUGUUUUAAUAAUAUAAAUAUAAAGUUAUUUUUUUAAAAAUCUUAACAGAAAUUAAACUCUGGACUUAUCCUAUCUAUAGGUUCUAACAUUUUUUAAACUCUACUUGGGGGUAAAAAAACUGAAGCAUAAGAAGCAUCCCUUUGUUUUCUGUUUGUUCAUUUAAAAACAGACUAAUAAACAAUAGCUGCAUUUCUAACAUUCAUCCCAUACAUUUUUAAAAAAUCUAUUUUAUUUUACUAACGUGUUAUCUGAACAACCCUUGGCUGUCGGCUGGUAAUUUGAGGCUAACUCGAUUCAAGUUUAAUACUGAAUGAUAAUUUCUGCUACCAGACUUGGUAUUAUGGGGGUCUUUGUACUCGGGUCUUGACAGGUAAUUGUACGCGCAAACUGCUCCUAAAAUUGGUCCCCAUCCAUUUACUUUGUACUUUACACCCCCCAACCCUUUCACCCGCAGGUAUCAUUAUUCAAAGCUCACAGGUCCUGAAAAACUGAGAGACACCUGCAAAAACUUCAUCGUUUCCAAUUUCAAUGUUAUCCUGGACGCUCCUGAUUGGGUGGAGAUGGAGAGGGAGGAGCUUGUGGACUUCAUCGGCAUGUCAGAGCUGUGUGUGGAAUCAGAGAAAAAGCUGUGGGAGAAGGUCUGUUGUAUUUUAAUGAAGUUUUUAUCAUCAUCAUCAUCAGUGGCAUCAUGUAGGGCCCUGGCCUGCUCCACCACAUCCUUCCACUCGGAGCGAUCCAUGGCUUUCUGUCUCCAUGCUCGAACCCCCAACUGGUGUAAAUCUGUCUUCACAUCAUCAAUCCACCUCAUCCUUGGGUUGGGCGACCGGUGAGUCGUCUGCCCCUAGGAUUUUGCCUGUAUAUAAUUUUGGCUGCUCUGCAUUCCGGCAUCCUUCCAACAUGACCUGCCCAGCGUGUUCUGCCUUUUUUUAUCAUUAUGACUAUGGGUGGUUCUUUGUACAAAUAGUAAAGUUCUUGGUUUGUGCGUAUUCUCCAGAUAUCAUUUUCUAUCACUGGUCCGUAUAUUUGCGGAGGAUUUUCCUCUCCCAUGUGUUGAGCAGGUUCUCUGCUUUUCUGGUGAGGGUCCAGGUCUCACUAGCGUAAGUUACUACAGGUCUUAUGAUAGUGGUGUAAAUUGUCUUCUUUGUUCCCCUUGAGAGGUUUUUAUUUCCAAGUAGCUUUUGUAAACUGAAAUAGUAACGGUUGCCUGCUGUUAUCCUUUCUUUCACUCCUGACAUUAUCUCAUUGUGCUGAUUUAUAGUUGGACCUAGAUAUUUGAAUGCAGCCACUCCCUCUUAGAUGUUAUUAUCAGCGUGGGAGUUUCUUGACAUUAUCAUAUAUUUUGUCUUCGGUUCAUUUAUAUCAAGGCCAGCUUUGACAGAGGCAUUUUCAAGUUUCCUGAAUGCUUUAAUUAUGUCAUUACGACUUCUACCCAGUAGUAGCAUAUGCCAGGUACUGCAAUGGUUGGCUAUAUAAGGUUCCUGAUGGUUGUUGUUCUGUAGUAUCUCUCUGGAAGUAGUUUGAUAUGGUUCCACUAGUGCUAAUGUGAAUGCUUCUAAUAAAUUUUUCUAGCAUGAUGUUAAACAGGAUACAUGAUAGUGAGUCUCCUUGUCUGAGGCCCCAAUUAACUAGGAACUCCCUAGAGUAUUCUCCCUGUACCUUGAUUCUUCUUUUGGAGUUGGCCAUUGUCAUAUGUAUGACUCGAGUAAGCUUGUUACGGACUCCCAAGUUCUUGUAGAGCAUUGUAUAAGUAAUUCCUGUUUACACUAUCGUAUGCUGUUUUGUAAUCCACAUAUAGUUGGUGUAUGUCGAUGUUAUAUUCGUAGCAUUUCUCUAGGAGACAUCUUAGAGUAAAAAUAUGAUCCGUUGUUGACCUAUUCUGCCGGAAUCAACAUUGAUUAAUCCCCUAGGAUCUGUUCACUACACUUUUCCAAUUUUCUUGCUAUAAGUUUUGUGAGGAUUUUGUACAUUACAUUAAGAAGGGAGUUACCUCUAUAGUUUGAGCAGAUCAACUUAGAUCCCUUUUUGUGGAUUGGGAUUAUGAGUGCCGUGUCCCAUUCAGUUGGCAUUUCUUCCUCCUGCCAGAUUCUGGUUAUAAGUUCGUGUAUUUGCCUAUGCAGUUCGUUACCACCAAGCUUUAUGAGUUCUGCAGGGAUAAGGUCUAUUCCUGGGGCUUUGUUAUUUUUCAUGGUGGAGAUUACAUCUUUUAUUUCAUUUAAUGUUGGUUGGUUGACCAGUGGGUCCGGUCCUCCUUAUGGCAGGGCGUAAUCCUCAUUGGUUCCUCCACCUGAGCCAUUCAGUAAGCCUUCAAAGUGUUGUGCCCAUCUCUCUAUUAUUCUACUGCUCUCUGUGAUCAAUUCUCCAUCCGUGCUUUCACACAUGUGGGAUCUUGCUUGAAAGACAUUCUUUUCCUGCUUUAUCUUCAGGUACAUUCCCUUCACAUCUCUUUCUUUAGCUAACUCUUCUAUCUCUACUAUUUUUGAAUUUUCUCAAACACGCUUUUUCUUUCUGCAAAUUUUGCUGGCCACCCUUCUUGUUUCAUUAAAUAGUUGCCGUGUUCUUUGUGUCUCCCUUUGCAGCAUCAUUAGCCGAGCUUUGUUUCUUUGUUGUAACAUUUCUUUGCAUACUGCGUCAUGCCAUCCUGUUCUUUUCGCAAUCGGUUUAAAUCCAAUCGUCUCCUCUGUUACACUUUUGACUAUGUGCUUCAUCUUUUCCAAUUGCUGGUUUAUAUCAACGUUGCUGGCUGAUUCUCUUUUGGAUAAUUCUAGUAGGGUUUCAAUCUUCUGUUGAUAUUCCUCAGUAAUUUUUGGGUGCCUAUUCAGUUUCUGACUAUUGUACUGUUUUUCUCUUUUAUUUUUUUUAUUGUGGAUGUUGCAAAUUCUUUGCUUAUAUUUGAUUCUAACAAGCAUGUGGUCUGAGUCUAUGUCCGCCCCUCUACAACUUUUCACACAUCUGAUAUGUCCGAGCCAUGUCUCCGGUCAAUGAGUACGUGGUCUAUUUGAUUACGGGUAAAUCCAUCUGGAGAUAUCCAUGUUGCUUUAUGUAUUUGUUUAUGUUGGAUUACUGUGCUACUGAUUGUCAUUCCUUUUCCAGAAGCAAAGUCUAUAAGACGUAUUCCAUUGUCAUUGCUCUCAUCAUGCAUACUUUUCUUUCCGAUUGUUGGUCUGUAGACUAGUUCUUUCCCAAUUUUUGCAUUGAAAUCGCCAAGGACUAUUUUGAUAUCAUGGCGUGGAGCCUCAUCAAAAACUCUUUCCAGUGUUUCGUAGAAAGUUUCCUUCAUGCUUUCAUCUGUAUCUUCCGUUGGAGCAUGUGCGCAGAUUAACGUUAUGUUAAACAUUUUUCCUCUAAUCCUUAUGGAGCAUAAUCUUUCCCUCACUGGUUUAAACCCAAUGACUGCAUUUACUGUCUCUCUUUUGACUGCAAACCCUGUUCCUAAGAUAUUUGUGUUGUUUCCACUGUAGAAUAUUUUAUAUUCCUUUGUAUUUAGGAUAUCUGAGUCUUUCCAUCUAAUCUCCUGUAGUGCCGCAAUCAUGAUUCUAUAUCUAAGUAAUUCAUAACUGAGGCGGGCCAAGGCACCUGCUCUGUAUAAACUGAGUACAUUCCAAGUUGCUAUCCAUAUGUCAUGUUUAUGGUCAGGCAUGGGUCGAAAUCCAUGAAUAUCAGUCCGUUUUUCUGAUUGUGGUUUUACUUUCGUAACAUUAGCUUUUUAACACAACAGGGUCGUUAGCCCUGCGCACAACCGUCUGUACAAAGAUGACGACAUGAUAACAGAUGUUAUUAAAAAAAAUUGAAUACCUUCAACAUAUUGAAUUAAAAAACUAUUAUUUAUUGGAGUCACAUUUUUGACACCAAAAUCAACUUGUGUAUUGAAAUAGUUGUAUGCACAUAACAUUUAUAUUUUCAUGAUUUUUUUAAAACUGAUAUAAUGGGAGAUAAUGUAAUAUAACAAAAAAAUCAACUUAUUUAGUUUGGUGAGAAGUGGAGGUGGAAAAAGAAGCACUCUUUUCUAAUAUUAUUAAACAUAAAAAAAUCUGAUUACUUUUGGGUGGUUACUGUUCUUUCUUACUGUUACUUAAUACUGUUCUUGUCUGGCAGGUGGAGCAGUGGCUUUUGGCAGAGAACAACUUUGAGAAUUGCAGGGACAAUGUUGAAACAAUUGUUCCCUGGCUUCGCUUCUGCAAAAUGACCCCCACCGAGCUGUUGACCAUCGAGUCUUCGCCCCUCAUGUCGCAGUUUUCAGAUGUCCUGAAAGAAAAACUGGGAGCUGGUAAAAAGACUUUUAUAAACCAAGUUUAUGGCACUGGUUUGAAUGAUAGAUGAACUGCUUCAGAGAUAUUUUUAGUUGAAUUUGUUUGCAUACAGUUUUUAAACCUGAAUUAACCAAAAACUAGAUCACACAUUUUUAACUGAUGUGCUUCGAACAUGACCUGGUGUGUCAGAGAAGGUUCACUGGUGUGCUGCAAAAUUAACACAAUCCAUCUUAUCCUAUCUAAUAAUUUGCUUGGUUGCUGCUACGCACUCAAAGGGAUAAUAUUUUUCAUAAUACCUGUUGGCAUUUAAGAUUUCAGUGUUUCAUGAAAAAAAAGAAAGUAGGAAAACCAAUUCACCAUAUUACUACUUCUACUGAAAUGUUUUCUUUUUUUCCCCUAACUGCUUUUGUCUCAUCUUUCAGCCUACAGAUUUCACUCUCUGGCCAGUAAUGGAAUCUUCCUACCCACUGAGCAGGUCCCUUACAGAAACUACACAUCGCCAAUGUAUGGAAUGAGAUUCCCAUUUGAGUUGAAGAAUUAUACCAACAUUCCCAAGAUAGAGAGCAGGGUUUGCCUCUCCUGUCAAGUUCCUUAUCUGCCUUGUCUGGAACCUGAAGCCAGGAAGGUAGGAUCAAAAUAAAAUAAAAAUAAAUGUUGUAGAGCAGAUGGGCCCCUUCUUAAUGUGAUGGGCUUUCACUUUUUAUUACCAACAAAGUCUAGCAAAGAUGUGGGUCUGGAUUAGCUUUUUAACUGGGUCAGUUAAGCAAUCUUGGGGGAAAAUUUAUUUGUUUAAUUCAUCAAAAAUUGACAUCAUAUAUUAGUUCAUAUCACUUCAUCAAAGUUUCUCAUAAAUUUUCCUUGACUAACAUUUCUCACUUUGCCACCACAGGUUUCUCAUAACGCUCAAUUUCAAGUCCACUUCUACCCGAAAGGUCAUUUUUCAACCAUUUCACUGUACGGCAAUUUCAUGGGACGGCAGAAUGACAACGUCACCCUAAAAAUCACUCGACAAAACAUGCCACAUGCCUUUGGUGGCGCAGCCAGUGAACAGAAACCCUAUCCCCCAAUGCUAGUGGAGGCCACACUGCAACUCUUCAGCAAGAAGAAAGAGCUACGUUUCGUUGGGCUCACCUUGACCCAGACCCACGUCUUUGCUAGCAAAAAUGUGGAUCUUGUGGUGGAAAAUGUCCUAGACCUUUCUCGACUGAAGAGUGAGGAUUCACCAUUCAUAGUGGAGGGGUCAUUGACAGGGGCAGUGUUCAUCAAGGUCCAGCAAGUCGGGGAUCAUCUCCUUGAGGAGGCGUUUACGAGAGACACAGGAGAGGAUGUCCGAGUGCAUUAAUGAAAAGUGACCAAGGCCUAUGGCAGGGGGAGUUAAUGCACGAUUUUAACUUUGCUUAGUAACUUGUAAAUGGCCAUUCAAAGUUAUUCUCUUUUAAAAAUAAGUUACAAGAAGCAACUUUAGUUAUUAGAAGAAAAAGGAUUACUCAUUGUAGAACAGAGCAUCCCAUCAGAUAUUGUACACAAUUUUAACAGCCUUACAGUUAGGUAAACUCCCAAAAAUAAAUGAGUGAUUGAAAUAUUUAAAGUCAAGUAAAUUCUGAGGGUUUCAGAUGUGUCCACAUCUUUUUUUUUUUAAAUUGUUUCUGGUGCAUCAGUUUGGUUAUCUGGUCUUAUACUGUUAAACCAACUGCAAUAGAACUGUUUACAUUUUUUGGUGAUUGCUUUUCAUUAUUUCAAUAAAUGUUGAAAGGCUCUGCUUAUACUUACAGCUUAGCUCAGUGUUUUUAUUUUCAGCCCUAGGCUAAAUGUUAAAUGCAAUAUUUGGUCUAUAUAUUUACACAUAGAGAUGUAGAAGAUUGAAAGAUUUACCUUAAAGCUUUGUUUUCUUUUUUUGUUGUACCUUGUGAUACUAGAGAAAAGUCAGUUGCAGGUGAAAGAGGAUAUUGUUAUAAUUUUUAAGAGAAAUUUUUAGAGUUUGCAGAUGGUGGGAGGUUGUGAUGUUCUUAUAAUAAUUCCUUGUGGACGCAAGCUUGCAUAAGCCCUAUGAUAAAAUAAUUAAAUCAUCUCAUUAGAUAUUUUCUUAUCAUUGAAAUCACCCUGAUAAAAAUUAAAAAUGUUGAAUAAUGGAAAGUUGGUAAAUUAUCCACAAUGGUAAAUGAUAAUUGUUAAGGUGUCAGAAUGUAUCCUUGCUUAUGGAUGACUAAAAAUGUUAUCAGUUGUUUGUAUGACUAAACCUGACAUCAGUUAACUGUGCCAAUAAAACCUUGGAUCCAUUUUCUGUAUGACUAAACCUUGUAUCUGUUGUCUCCAUGACUAAACCUUGUAUAUGUUAUCUGAAUUAAAAUUACGGUAGAUCAGUUGCCUGUACCACGUAACUUUGUAUGAGAAUUUCACCUGUGAUCUAAAUUAAUAUCUCUUGAUUAUAUUUCCUUGCCACAUGGGGUUGUGUUGGAUGUUUCGUUAAACUUUUUAAAACCUAAAUUAAUUUAGGUUCAAAUCUCUAGCCCUGCCUGUACUGAGAUUAUCCCUUGGCUUGCUGUAAAGUGCAAUGAAACUUUUAGGUUCAAUUAUUCCUAAUCUGUGCAAUAUUUAAUUUCUUUUACUUUUCUGUAAAAAAAAAAAAAAAAAAUGCAAUUUACAUUUACCAUGUUAUCAAUCAUGUAACAUUUUUAUUUGUUCUGAUUUUAAAAAGAUUUUUUUCCCCCCGCUUUCUGAUCUCUAACUGCUGUCAAAAGUUUUCCCCCAAUUAUUGACAAAGUUUGUGUACAUAUCUAUAUGUAUAUAUAUAUAUAUCAAAGUGGUUUUUAAACAUUGUUAAAAAAGAAUACCAAAAAACAAUGUCUCUAAAAGAAAAUAUUAUUUUGUUAGAAAUAUUAUAUCAAUAAAAUUCCCUUCAGUGUAUAUUUUACUGUUGAACAAUCGAAUAUCAUGAGUUGUUUGGUUGAAUGUUACAGGAUUAAUCUUUUAAUUUUAAUACACAACAUGUGCAGGAUAUAGUUAUUCAUCCUAAUAGUGUUGAAUUACAAAAAGAUCUUUUUUUUAUUUCAAGAGUUCCAGCAUUUAUUCUUGUCUCCAGCUUAAUCAGUUUUGUAUAAUAAAUGUUAUCAUAUGCUGCAGACUGCCUUCCACUAUUCCAUGCACUUCUCUCGCCCCUGGGAAUAAUUAAAUUGUCCAAGUAUCUAGUAUCUGUUCCUUAUGUACAUGUCAGGGCAGUUUUAAGUCUUCCCCCCCCCCCCCUUUGUACAUAUGUUGAAACAUAUGUUUCAGUUAUGACUGCCUUUCUCUGCAAUCUCACUUUCAGAUAAGCAUGAAGUGCUUUUAUAAUGAAAUAGAGUAGCCUCCCUUGCUAGAGUUAUUUUAAGAACUACUGCUUUAUUGGUGCCUAUAUGUUACCACUGCACUCAUCAACUGGAUAUUUUUUAUUUAUAUCUCAUGUAAAGUAUAUUCAAUAUAAAUAGUCUACAAAUGUAACCGGAUGUAAACAUGUAUUAUUUAUUUAUUUUGUUUGUGUAUAAUUAUUGGCAUAUGAGUUUUGGUUAUAGCGCAUUCACUUUCCAUUGUGAAAAUAGACAAUAAAAAAAAAUCAGAUGAUUACUAAGAGAUAUUAGAUAUGAUUAGCAUAUUAUCCACAAUCAAAUAUGGUCUGUCAUAAGAAUUUGUAAAAAAAACAAACUCUCUGGCUAGAAAAUGACAUGACCUUGACAAAAAAUGUUACACCAUUAUUUCUGAUUUUAGCGUUUUUUAUUGUAUUUUAUGGACCAGACACAUUUUUAGUUCAUUGUAUUUUUUUAAAUUAUUUUUUAUUUUAAGAUGAGUUGUAGGAACAGAGAAAUAAUUUGUACUAUUUGUUGUCUGUACAAAUUCUAAAAAUAAAUUAUGAAAAAUAAUAGAAACAACUUGAUAAAAAUAUAUAUUUUUUUUUUAAAUUGUUCAUUGUGCCAGCUUUUAUUGUUAAUAAAUUC